UCUAAGUGGGCGGGGACACAGCGGAGGGCGACGGGCAGCCUCAGCGGCCAUUGACGCGCUUCAUCUCCUCGAGGACACAUCGGGGCUUCUUCCUUCCUUCGUCCUUCUUCCUUCCUUCCUCCGCCGCCAUGGUUUCCCACUCGCUCGCGCUGCCGAUGAUCUGCUUCACCACCUUAUGGGCGCUGGUGGGCGUCGUGGCUCCGUUCCUGGUGCCCAAAGGACCCAACCGGGGAGUGAUCGUCACCAGCCUCAUCCUCACUGCGGUCUGCUGCUACUUGUUCUGGCUGGUGGCCAUCUUGGCGCAGGCGAACCCUCUGUUCGGCCCGCAGCUGAAGAACGAGACCAUCUGGUACCUGCGUUACUUCUGGGAGUAAAACAGGACCGUGUGACAUGAAGCUUCUCCAUCAUUCCUGUCCCGCGGUUUCUGGAUUUUCCUAUUUAACACCCACACACACACUCACACACACUCAGACACACAUGCACACACACACACACACACACGUGCUUUGUCACAUCUUGACAAAGCACCUGAAGAGUUACCUUUUAUUUGCAGCCUGUAAAUAUCGACAUUAAGGAUGAAUGAGAAUCAUUCUUUGCUGAUUCCACGUAGUUUGGAGUUUUUCCUGUCACUUCCUGCUCUAAUGAUCUCCAGUGAAACCGUGACGUCGUCCUUCAGGAGAAGAUGUUCCUCCUCUGAAAUGUGCAAUCUGUACAAUCUUUGUGUUCCUUCUCAUUUAUCUGCGUUGGUUGUUUUUUUGUCAGGGAACGUGAACUUUGAAGUGUUUGUAUUUAUUGGGCGCGAUGAUGUCAGCGAUGACCUCGCCAUCCGAGCCGCCCUGCUGUGUAGCCGUGGUUAUCUGUGACGUAAUGGUGUGUGUGUGUGUGUGUUCCACUUCAGCAUGAAGCCCCUCCCACUUUCCCUCCCACGCCGCCGAGGCUCUCGUUGUCAUGGUGAUCUCGUUGCACCAUUCAGUCCCUCUCGACCCCUUUUGAUUUUUUCUGUGCUCCCAAAAAAUGAUUAUUGAUUAUUUUCCAUUAUCACCAGGCUUCAGAAACAAAGGGGAGGAGCCAGGAGGGAAAUAUUUAAACAGGUCAUUACUUCACAUUAAGGCAACUCCGCUUCUCAGACUCCAUGUUUAAACAUGUCAGGCUUAUAAAUGCUUAUAAACUGUAUGUCCUCCAGUUUCAUUUGGUGGAAAUAUUGGAGUCAGAGAUUUCCACAGAGGAAACUCAUUUAAAGAGAAGCUUAGUCACAUGACCGGACUUCACCAGUUCAUCACUACGUGUAUAUCGACCCCACCGGCCUCCGCCGCCCCCCCGACAGCCCCUCCCCCACCACCCUCCUCUCCAAAACCACUUUGCUUCAGCCAAAAAGAAUCAAGAUCAAUAUACAGCUACUUUUUAGAAAGACCAAAUUGCGUUGUAUCUUUUCCUCCAGCCCUCCUCGGCGGCGCCUCCCAGAAUGCACCUGCACAUCUGGAGCUGCAGAGCUCAGAUUGGGGGGGGGGGGGGGUGGGGUCAGACGGAGUUUAGGAGGAAAUAAUAAACAGAUCCAGACUGUGUUUUUUACAAGGUUCCACAGUGAGUUCUCCUCACGACACAGCUGCUCAGGAACAUCUGGAUGUUCAGCUCAGGAUCCUUUAGGCAAACGUUAACGUUACGACUUCUUUCUCCUCUCGUGGAUCCGUCCGUAUUAACAUCUUCUGUUAAAUAUUCCUGGUGGGGGGGGCUGUGUGUGUGUGUGUGUGUGUGUGUGUCACCAUCGUUCCAGGAAGCCACUGAGCAACAGCCCCGCUGGUUGGUGGAGACGAGGUCAUGUGACCUUGUGUCAGUGUGAAGUCAAAGCUUCUAUGUGAGUGUGUGUGUGAAAUAAAGAAUAAAACACAGAAACAAA